GCAUAUUUCAGUCACAUACCCAUGACUCAAAGAAUUUAAUUUUGCUUCUCUGACUGUAUCUCAAUUUUGCAGAAUACCCUGGUCAGAAUCUGGGGGAAGUUUUGAUCUUUAUAAGGACCUAAUCCAGUUAAGCGGGACUAUUCCUAUCUUAUAGCAAGCCAAAUUGAGGUUUUGUGGACAGUUUAGGAGAAGCCCCAAGUGAAGAUCUUGUGUAUUUGGAUUUUUGAAGCUUCUGAGGUCUCUGGAGAUGGCUGGGGUGCAAGAUCAGUUAGAGAUCAAGUUUCGACUGACAGAUGGGUCUGAUAUAGGUCCUAAAACUUUUCCUGCUGCUACAAGUGUUGCAACUUUGAAGGAAAGCAUUCUUGCUCAAUGGCCUAAAGAAAAGGAGAAUGGUCCAAAGACUGUGAAAGACGUCAAGUUAAUUAGUGCAGGAAAAAUUUUGGAGAACAGCAGAACAUUGGGGGACUGCAGAAGCCCUCUUUGUGACAUUCCUGGUGGAGUUACAACGAUGCAUGUUGUCGUUCAACACCAAGCGUCAGAGAAAGAAAAGAAAGCUGCAAAUGAACCAAAGCAGAACAAAUGUUCUUGUGUCAUAUUAUAAUGUGCAGCACCAGGAGCAGGAUGUCAUCGUCUUCAGAUCUCUUUUAGGUAGUGUUGCAGCUGGUAUAGAUAAUGAAGUCAGUCCUUCCAGAUUGAUGAAAUGGUGGUUGGUAUCAUUUCAUAUUCGCCAUAACAGCCAUGUCUUUGUUGCAGGUCGACACCUCAUUUAUGUAACCGAUGAUUGUCUCUCUCCAUUUCCUUUUAAAUCAACUAGACUUUGCUAUUAAGCAAUUAAAUCCCAUAUUUUAUGUUCAAAACUUGUGUCUUACCAAAUGCAUUUACCACUUCUUUAUGUUUCAUCUUACAUUACGCCAUUGCUUGUCGUAUGAUCCGACUUGGUAACUGC